AUUAUCAUGAGAGCUGAUAACGUGGUGGGCCGCGGCGCCUCAGUCAGCGGAGCGGAGCCGCUCUGUACGGUCGUGUGUUUUGAAAACGUCGGUGCAGUGACGUGCCGCGCGCUGUUCACUUCUCGCGUACGCGCCGCAUUCCAUCGUGGGGGCCCUACGCCGCCAUUGGUUGAUCCUGCGUGACGUCACGCCUUAUAAUGAGGUAUUCAACAUGGCCGUGUAGCUAGUUCGCGAGUGUGCUUCGUUAUUCGUUUGAAUGGAUUUAAUCAGUGAAAUAUGCCAAGGAGACGAAACGGUGAGAUACCCUUGCCCGACGGAUGGGAUUACGCGAGGGACUUUGACGGGAAAUUGUAUUUUAUCGACCACAACAGCAGAAAAACGACGUGGAUCGACCCGCGGGACAGGUACACGAAGCCACAGACCUUCGCGGAUUGCAUCGGGAAUGAACUGCCCCUUGGCUGGGAGGAGGCAUAUGACCCUCAGAUUGGUCCCUACUACAUCAACCACGUCAGUCAGGUGACGCAGCUAGAAGACCCGCGUUUAGAAUGGCUGAGCAUCCAGGAGGCCAUGCUGAGGGAGUACCUCAACACGGCACAGGAGGCGUUGGAGGCGAAGAAGGAGAUGUACGAUGUGAAAAAGCAGAGGCUAUGUUUGGCGCAAGACGAAUACAAGCAUUUGAACAAUGCCCUGUCUACGCUGGCUGCCUCUCGGACAAGCUUAUGUUCAUCCACCACCUCCGUCACAACAACGUCCACCACGUCACGUCACGAUCCGGACAUGCUCCGGUCAGAAGUGACGCAGGCAAGAGGUCGCGUCGCUCAGCUGAGGAAGGAAUUGAGGCAGGCGCGAGCUGAGGUCGCCUGCGCGAGGCGGGGCGUGGACACCCUCGCUGAAGUGGAACAAAAGCUAAGCGCCCAACAAGGAUGCUACAACAUCACCGAAGCUCAGGCGAUCAUGACUGAGCUGAAAAACAUCCAAAAAUCCCUCACCUCUGGAGAGAAAGAAAGAGCCGACCUCAUGCAAUCCCUAGCCAAACUCAAGGACGACUUGACGAGAUUACAACUAGGCGAUGCGUCUCCAGACCUUUCAACCUUAAGCCUCCCUCAAGAGAAACUUAGCACUGCCUCACAAACAGACUUAUGUGCAGACCUAGUACCAAUAGGUACUAGGUUAGCAGAAAUGGCGAGAGUACGCCUCCAAUACGACGAAGCUAGAAAAAGAAUACAACAGAUUCAGCAACAAUUAGCAGAUUUAGAGGACAAAGUCCAACCUGGUCAAGCGGAGUCUGAUAAAGACCGCUUGCUCCUAUUCCAAGAGAAAGAACAGUUGCUUAGAGAACUUAGAAGUAUAACCCCUAGAACACGGUCUAAACAGGAAAUGACUGACAUACAAAUCGAGUGUAAAAGGUUAGAACAGGACUUGAAAAACGCCUUUGAAAUGUCAAAUAAGUGUAUAGCGGAUCGAUUGAGGUUACACGAAGAAAAACAAUUGUUGCUUCAGCAGCUAAAAGAUGCGUUAACGUCUAUGACGACUUUGGAAGGGCAGUUGAAGACGUUAUCAGCGAGUACACUGUCGGUGUCAAGUAGUUCAAGCCUCGGGUCUCUUUCCACGGCCAGUAGCAAAGGGUCUUUGAGCUCUGGGAUCAGUUUUACUGAUAUAUACGGGGGUUCACAGAUUGCUAGCUCAUUCCAAGCAGAUAAGCCUAUUGAUAUGGUCGAUCUGCAUAGAAGAGUUGAGAGAUUACUCCGCGGCACAAGCUACACCGCCGAAAGCGCGACGCCCGGAGCGGGCAGCGGUUCUCAACCUUCCCUCUCACCUCGGAGCAGCCUGUCUUCAGCGAGCCCCCCACCCCCUCCCCCCUCGUACAGCCAGGUGGAGAUGCAGAGGCGUCAGCAGAGGGAACUAGAAGAGAAGUUAGCUGAGAUGAGGAUAGGCGUCGCAGGACUUAAUGAGAUCACUGGCCUUGCGACAAUACCAGUCCAACUGCAAGGCCCGGGACGGCCUUGUGAGCCGCUGUCGCCAAUAUCGGAGACCCCACCGCCGCCGCUCUCGCCAAGGACUCCCUCUUCUAGUGGUACAAACACUAGAUCAGUAUCGGCAGCAGUAAGCGACGAGUCGGUGGCCGGGGACUCUGGCGUGUUCGAGGCGGCGCAAGCAGGCGAUGCCAGCGCAGUGAACAGUACGCAAAUUGAGAUCAAAUUGCGCUACUGUAUUGAAGACAGCGCGCUGGAGAUCAGCAUACUGCGGGCGAGGAACCUCAACGCACUCUUCAUAGACGUUGGCACUGAAGUCGCGGUGCUAGGCGCCCUAGUAAUCGGUGGUGGAACAUGUGGCAUCACAUUUAGCAGUGCAUCACUACCGUGGCGCGGUACAACGUUGGCGUGGCGUCACGUGGCCAAAGCUAGUGUGGCGGGCACCCGCGCUUUAAGAGCGGCUACUUUACAGGUCAACCUCGUGUGCCGGGCUGAAUGCUUGGUUUGCGCCCAAGUGAGUCUAGCGGACUUCGAUCCUGACGCUGUGUCUCUAGAUAGUGUGACGCUGAGAAGUGGUACAACGUGGGAUGAAAGCUCAGAUGAAUCUACUGUUAUAUCGUCGCAAACGUCUACUCUCACUAGGAACAGAGGUCCAGAGAGUAUGACUGGUGCGGAAUGCAACGUGGAUUGUGGAGAGAACUCAGCCUCCGAAGAUGAGGAGUCUAGGGAACCACUUAAUCAGAUAGUAGAAGAAGAUUCCCUAGAAGACUACAUUCCCGAAGACGAGCUAGCGUUAGAAGAGGAGUACCUCCCCCCCACUGCCGAGAAAGAGACGAAUACUGAGUGCAACUUCUGCCCGGAGGGAGCGAGACAACUGCAUAGGAGAAAAAGUCCACAAGUAAGCGCCACUCUGGAGGAGCCAUUGGCAACGAUCAAGAGGUCUCAGACCUUCUCGCCGCAGCCGCAAAGCAUCGGGAAUAGGCAGUAUAUUUGCAGACUGAACCGCUCCGAGUCGGACUCGUCCAUGGCGUCGCGCGCGCGCCGGCCCGCGCCGCCGCCGCCCGCCGGCAUCCCCUUCGACCGCAGCGUGCGCGAGCGCAGGUCCCUCAGAUGGGGCCGCGUAGCAGGCGGCGCGGCGCGUCGCACGCGCACCCGCAGCGCUCGAACCUCGUUAGACCUCGCUUUAGAUCUCAGCGCGCAGCACACCAAGCUCGCUGACCUUCGGACCGAGAUCGCCCACCUCAGCCAACUUAAGAAGAGGUUAGAAGAAGCGUGCGCCCGCGGCGACCCAGCCAUCGCGUCCUGGGUGACGGAGGACGACACGCUCCGCCGCCUCGUGGCGCCCGCCGAGCCUAACGAGCGCGCCGCCAAGCUCCUCAACCGCACCUGCAGAGAGAUCUACCGGCUCAGGAAAUCUCGCCAGGGCGGCCGCCGGCCAGAUCUCGUCACAUUCAAAGAAAAAAUGGCUUUCUUCACCCGGCCGAAAUCCACCGUGCCGGUCCUAGACGGUGAAGCCGAGGAAAUCUCAGAAGACGAAUGGGAAGACGAGCUGGAAGAGCGCCGCACGCCCGACGGACGGUCCUCCAAGACCUCCUACGAACUCCGCCGAGACCAACGCUGCAAUGACGUGACCCAAGACAAGACGGAAAAGACGGACGAACCGGCGAAAGACACGCAAGAAGUCGUCGAAUGUAAAAACCCCUGCCUCGAGCGGCUGGAAGCGGUACAGGAUCAGGAAAAGACUGAUGAAGAUAGGUAUGAAUUUGUUGUAGAUCGAGCUUUAGGUGUUCAAGUCUGAAUGUAUGGAUCGGUGUGUAUAUUGAUUUAGACGGUCCAGGCAGGCAAUCAUGGUCGCGCGAUAAAUGAUAAAACAUCAGG